UAAAGGGAAGAGGUCAGAGUCUAGGCUGAGGCCACCCUGGACAGACAAGUCUUCGCGGUAGCAGGGCCGUUGAGCUGGUGUGAAAGGACUCCAAGAAGCUCUCGCGGACUCAGAUUCAUAUAUAAGCCAUCAUGACACUUUUUCCUCCUUAUAACAUCCGCAAAUACCAGGACAGGGAUCGAAAGUGGGUCCUAAGAUUGUACAAUGUCUUAGCAGAGUAUCCCCCCAGAACCUUCUGCCACAUGCUGAAGCUUCCCCGAAUAGUCCUGCUCCUGCUUGGGGUGCCUUUUGUAGUAUUCCUGGUCACCGGCACCUGGCUCCCGGCCCUCCUGGCCAACGUUUCUCUCCUUGCUGCCCUGCGGUUCUUUGCCAAAUACCCCUGGACUGAAUUUGAAGUCAUGUCUUUGCGCACAGACAUGUCUGAUAUCACCAAAUCCUACUUCAGUGAGCAUGGUUCCUGCUUCUGGGUGGCUGAAUGUGAGGGGCAGGUGGUGGGCAUGGUGGGUGCUCUGCCCGUGAAGGACCCUGCCCUGAGGAAGGAACAGCUGGAGUUGCUUCACCUUUGUGUGGCUUUGGGGCACCGAGGUGGCGGGAUAGCCAAAGCCCUGGUCAGGACUGUCCUCCAGUUUGGGCAGGACCAGGGCUACAGUGCAGUCGUCCUCAGCACCAGCUCGCUGCAGUACUCUGCUCUGGCCCUCUACCAGCGCAUGGGCUUCCAGAAGACACACCACUACUUCUUCUCCUUGUGCUGGAGGAUAAUUGCUGCACAUUCAAUUCAAUUCAUCUACCACCUUCCCUGUGCUCAGGUCUCCAAGGAGAUGAAGCAAGGUGGGGCCUGUGACCCGCUCAUAGUGGAUUAGUCAGGAGAGGAUCAGCUCUGCUGCAGUAACGAGCAAGCUUGAAAUUGUGUGAGUCACAAUAAAAGCUGAUUGCUGGUUCA